AUGACAACCAGCGAUGGGUAUGCUCUUAUCAUGAUGUUUGGUACCUUUAUCGCCGUCAUGCUUCUUAUGCAAGCGGACCAUAGCAGGCCGCUUACCCCAAGGUUACCAACGGGCCUCAAAGCGUCGUAUGGUAAUACAACAUCGGAAUAUGACACCAAUAUCACUCGUUACAAUGCCAGUACUGUUGUAGGAAAUUUUCUGCGCGUCAUCGAGAGCAUUAACACUCAUAGUUGCCUUCCAGACGUGGCACAAGCCGAUAAGUCGCGUAGAGAAGAAUCUGCUACUCGGAUGAGCGUUAUCAUCAUAGUAGAACGUCACGCGGUGGACGUUGGAUUUUAUCUGGUGCUACCCACCUGGCAAAUCGAUUCAGAUCAUGUCAACGUCCGGAUCAGGGUUGUGGUGAUGCCAGCGCCCUCUCGCGCUCACCAAGUGCCCAUUGGUCACAUGGAUGUCGCAUCACGUCCACGUUUGAGGCUAGGUGCCAAGUUUCUGUUACCAUUCGAUGACGCUAGUCACAGUCUCCGAAUCGUGGCAUGA